UCUUGGAGUUGGGACACGUCAUGUUGUGAAGAGUUUUUUUAAUAAAUAAUUUUUGAAACAUUUCCUUCAUUCGUAGUUGGUUGGAAACUCCGCUAAGGAAUACUAUACUUUGACAAGCAAUUCAAUUAAAUUUCAUUGAAAACUAUUGCACAGUGAUCGAAUUUUACUCAACUGUCACAAUGAAGAUUUCUUGCAGUAUACUAUUUCUAAUUGCCAUACUGCAUGGUUCCUAUGCACCUCCAGUUGCUCCGGAUAAGAAAGACCAGGAUAGCGAUGUUGUUGAUGAUCUUGCCGAGUACACUGAGUAUCACAGAUACUUGAAGGAGGUAGUACAGGCAUUAGAAAGUGAUCCUGAGUUCCGAGAGAAAUUAGAGAAAGCUGACGAAGAAGAUGUACGGUCGGGCAAGAUUGCUGAACAUUUGGACUUCGUGAACCACAACGUGAGAAGCAGAUUGGACGAAAUCAAGCGCCGAGAAUUGGAGCGACUGAGGCACCUUGCCACUAAGCAUUACGAACUGACGAAUGAUCUCAACUUUGAAGGGAAAGUGCCCUCUAACGAACAUUUGGAUCACCAUAAUCCCCACACGUUUGAAAUUGAUGACCUGAAGAAACUUAUUCUGAAAACAACAGCUGAUUUGGAGGUUGCUGAUAAGAAACGCAGAGAAAACUUUAAGGAAUAUGAAAUGGAGAAGGAGUUUGAAAAACAUCAGAAAUUGGAAAAGCUGGACGAGACUCAAAAGAAAGAGUUCGAAGAAAAUCAGAAAAAGGAAGAGGAACAGAAAAAACACCACCAGCCACUGCACCACCCCGGUUCCAAACAACAGUUAGAGGAGGUAUGGGAGAAACAGGAUCACAUGGACCAACAGUUUGACCCCAAAGCGUUCUUCAUGAUGCACGACGUAGACGGCAACGGCGUGUGGGACCCUGAGGAGGUGAAGGCUCUAUUCAUAAAGGAGCUAGACAAGAUGUACACACCGGGCGGCCCUAAUAAGGACAUGCAUGAGCGCGCCGAGGAAAUGGAACGUAUGAGAGAGCACGUGUUCACCGAGAAUGAUAAGAACAGGGACGGUUUGAUUGAUUUCAACGAAUUCAUGAUGGAAACUCAGCGGGCUGAAUUCAAUCGAGAUGAGGGCUGGAAACCCAUAGAUGAGAACCAAAUCUACACCCAGGCCGAGUAUGAAGCCUAUGAGCGCAGGCGCUUAGAAGAACUCCACUAUUUACAGCAACGCGGUUUGGUUGACGCUCACGGACGCCCUAUCCCUGGCGCCCAACAACAAAUACAACAGGCGUACCAACAACAGCAGGCCUUCCAACAACCGCCUGGACAGUACCACCCAGGCCAGCCUCAGUACGUCCCCGGACAGCCGCCGCAAGGUUACCAACAGCAUCCCGGUCAAGUAGGCCAACCGCAGUACCAAGGACAGCCACAAUACCAAGGACAACCCCAAGGGCAGUACCAGGGUCAACAGCAAGGUCAGCCACAGUUCCAAGGACAAGCACAGGGUCAGCCGCAAGUACAACAGUAUCAAGGCCAACCACAAUACCAAGGGCAACCACCAGUACAGCAGCAGUAUAACGGUCAACCGCAAGGACAGCCACAGUUUCAAGGUCAGCCCCAAGGACAACCAAUUCAAAAUCCGCAACCGAACGUUAACGUGGUCCCAUCGCAGCCCCCUGUUCAAAACCAAUCCGGUCAACAACCGCUAGUCCAAGCGCAACCGGUUCAACCGCAAGUGGUUUCAAAUCAACAGCAACAAAAAACGGAGGAACACACUCAAGGACAACCGCAGGCUCAGAUCCCAGCGGCUCAAAAUCAGCCAAUUGUUCAUUAAUACUACAUGUUUUAUUAUAAGAAAUCAUAAAGUGUGAAUUUAGAAGCUACGAGUGAGGCAAUAAUUUAAACAAAUUUCACAAUCAAUGUUGUUUUGUAUUUGUGUUCGAAAAGUUACUUCUUGUAUAGUCGUAACUGAGACUGUCUUUUCGCCAUAUCUGUUUCUGUCUCGAAACCACGAUUCAUUGCAAACUAAACGCGAUCAACCUUAUCUCAGUUUCAGUAUUAAUCAGGUCUUAGUUUUACCAGCUCUAUAUUAAAUAUUAUAUUGAUAAACAAAACUUUUGGUUAUACUAGUAGUACCUUGAAAUGCCUUGAAAUGUUAAAGUUGACCUAUAAAUCUAGCUCUAGUUGUUCAAAUCAUCGCCUCACUUAUUCUUUCAAGUAAAGAUUCAAUUAAGCGUACGCUAUUCUUAUUUCGCGUUUGGGUUAGAUAUAGAAAAAAAAAAAUUGCGUAGUCUGUUAAUCCCCAAUCCCCCAUUUCUGCACAUUGGACGCGUACUACUUACAGUUUUUUCGCCUGUAGCAUGGUGCGGUGAUGAAGCCACGACUUUUAUUACCCCAUACAAAAUGUAAACCAAAGCAACUAACUUAUUAUUUUCUUUGUGUAGUCCUUUUUUAUUAAAAGACUAGUGAUCGACUGAUAUCAAACCUGACGGUACCUGCAUAAGAUGGAACUUACAUAUACAAUUUUGAUUCCAUUGAUAAGUGCCUCAAGGUAGAAUACAUCGUGCAAAUAUAAGUGCUUCAAAGAAAAAACUGUCCCGACUCUAUGUAUUAUAUAUAUUGUAUAUUUUAGAAACAAACUGUAUGUUGCCUCAAAGACAAUCUUUACUAUACGAUAACUUUACUGAUAAAGUAAACUGACAAUAAUUGCUUGACUGACACAAUUAUUGACCAUUUGCAUGCAAUUGUGUCUCCUAGAUGGGUUCCUACAGUUAAAAUAUAAUAUAAACUAAAAUUAUAGUCUUAUCACCCCUAUUAUAUGAAUAACUAUACAAAUUAUCCGACGUACUACGAAUUGAGUUAUCCACAAAGGUAAACUUCGUAUUUCCGAAUAAUAACUUGUUUACGAAAUAGAAUAGAAUAUCUUGGUAUGGAGGCUGGCUUAUCUACUGGCAGCCAUCUUUAUUUUUUCCUAAAAGCGGCCACGCAAAUAACCUUUGUUAAUCAGUAGCUACAAACAAUAAAAAUUAAUAUCAUAAGACACACACACAAUCUAAUAAAUUGUCAGUUUCAAGAAAUAUGAGCUAUCAAACAUUUACUGGUGUUUCAAUGAACUUAAAAAAAAAAUUUACGUACGAAUUGGCGCUGAAAUAUUGUUUCCCGGUAAUUAUGUCUCAUAUUAUACUUUUAACGAUUCGAUUCCAGAAAUCGAUUUAUAAAGAUUUUAUCCGUGGCCGGUAUUUUGUAAAGAAAAAAGGGGAUGAGAAGCUAUAGCCUAUAAGGAUUAUGUUGUAACAGCUCAAUAUAAAAUAAUGUUUAAAUUUUCGAAAAUAAACAGAAUUUUGAAAAAUCUUAGUACUGUGCCUUACAUUGAAGGCACUUACUCAUCACAGACAUCCGCGAGCUUAGAAUCUCUUCUCUAGAGCUUAGAAGCUGCUCCAAAAACUGUCCGACCUGGAAAUCGAAUGCCCUUGUUAUCCGUAGUUUAACAUUCUAACCCCUAGACGAACGAGAUAAAGACAAUAUUUAUAAUACCUAUUGUCUCGAAAUUAGUUAGCAGUAGUUAUACAAUGCAAAAAUU